UAUCUAUGACCGUUUAAAAGUAAAGAAUGGUGAUAUUAUUGGCGCAGUUGGUUUUGGCGUAGACUUCACGGUGUUGUGUAGACCUCACGGUAUUCCCGUACAGGUUUUGCAAAAUGUUAGCUCACGGACUUCUCCUUCUCGUAGGCGUUACAUCAUGCCAGAGCGUAUUUGCAAGCAGCAGUCAAACGUCCCCGCCAAAGUGUGAAGACAAACUCUCAAGCUGCGCUAUCUACGUGGAGCUUGGCUAUUGUCAUAACAAGUUACAAGAUUACAUGAGAUCAAAAUGCGCAAAAUCGUGCGGAUGGUGCUGUCAAGGUGGCACACAGGCAAAGGGGCCUUACCUCAAGGGUUGUACGGGAAAAUGCGAGCCUGACAAAGGCAAUAUCACUUACUGUCAAGACAACAUGAGAAAAGGCGAAUGCGAGGCCGGAGGGUAUGCUGGGUACUUGAUGAGGCUGAACUGUCCUGCUACUUGUGGUUACUGUUGUUCUGACGGUUCUCUCGCGCAAGGGCCAUUCCGUUCCGGAUGCACUGGAAAUUGCAGACGUGACGUAAGUAGUGACGCUUACUGCCACAAGAAGAUGAAGAAAGGCGAAUGCGAGGCCGCAGGGUAUGCUGGGUACUUGAUGAGGCUAAACUGCCAGGCCCCAAGCCCGACCAAGGCUUGCAAGGUUCCAUUUAAGUGCUGCUGGGAUGGCCAGCCUGCGACUAGCCGCGGAUGCCCCCGAUGCAGCGAUAAAUACCCUCACACCUGCAGACAGUUUAGCUACAGCUGCAUCACGGGGCAGUUCUACCGACGAGAUUUUAUGGAGAAAUACUGUCCUAAGACCUGUGGCAUCUGUGGUGCUUGAAUAGCAAGGGCGAGACCGAGUCCACAAGCAAAAAGACAAGGCAGUUUCAAAAUGUAUAAUGCUGCUAAAUAAAAUGCAUUUAACUCC